CCGUACUUUGAAUUCUAUGCCAUUGCGGGUUUUUUUGCAGAGCAGCAGCAGCAACAGCAGCAGCAGGAGCCAGCGGAGCAGGAAGAGGGAGCACGAGAGGAACCGAGCCAGGGACUUGAGUUCCUGCGCCAGUUGCCCCAAUUUGAGCAACUUCGUGAAAUGGUCCAGUCCAAUCCGUCGCUUCUUCCUCAGAUCAUCCAGCAGAUCGCCCAGUCCAAUCCGGCGCUCAUGGAAGCCAUCCAGAAUAACCAGGUGUAACGAUCGAAAGAUGCCCGAACGGGGGCUGCUGCUAUGUAGGAACGGUGUUGCUGCGGAGCUGUGGAAGGCGUUUGCCCAAACUAAUAAAUAA